AUGUGGUUUGUCCACGGAUCUCCCUCACUAGAGGGAUCACAGCCCGGGGAUGGACUCCCUGUUUCUGCUGAGCCAGGACUGACUCAUGACAUCCUUGUAUCCCGCACGUCGGUCCGGCCAAAAGCCUGCAAUCAAGUGACUGGGAGGUGCAAGGGAGGCGGUUUGGAGUCGCCUCCAACAAAUAAGCUCCACAUAUCCACUCCAAAAGAACGGAAGUUCUCCCAAAAACUCAUGGGACUAGAGGAUUGCAACCUGCCCAUGGGUUUCAAAUUUUAUGCAAAAUACAGUAAUAGAAAAGAGUCUCCUGAUUCCGGAGGAAAGCCUGGUACGGUAGCACCAGGUAGGAUGGGAUUGCAGGAGUCAUGUAGGCUACCAAAACGGAAAAGGACUAGGAUGGCGAUCUGUACUUAUAAGGCACGUACGCUUGUAUCGGAAGCGGCCAUCGAAGAUCUGAUGAUGCAAGCUAAGAAGAUCAAGUACGACGUCAUCGGACUGACCGAGACGAGACGACGUCACCCUCUCAACGCCGUGUAUGAAACUGGAGAAGAACUGUUCUUAGGAACAUGCGACAGUAGAGGUGUUGGUGGAGUUGGCGUCCUCGUCAACACGACUUUGACUAUCUUCGUCGCUUACGCUCCAACAUCAAGCUACGAAGAAGAAGAAGUCGAAGCUUUCUACAUGGACCUGGAGAAGUUCUACCGAGAAGACCAUGCCUUCUACAAGGUCAUAAUUGGCGAUUUCAACGCCAAGAAGCUCUCCUCUCUACGCUGGACGUGGGAGUCACCCGGUGGAGGGUACCGUAAUGAAAUAGACCACAUCAUCGUCAAUAAAAGGUUCUGCCUGACGGACGUCGGUGUUGUACCAAAGUUCUAUACGGGAUCGGACCAUCGCCUCCUUCGAGGAAGAUUUUCCUUCACAAGGAGAGCAGAGAAAGCCGCCAAGUUCAGAGAGAGAAAUCCCAGGACUACCAUCAACUGGGAUCUCUUCGCUACGCUAGCCGGCUUUUGUGAAGAUUCCGCAAUGGACAACAUCGACGAGGAAUAUGACCGGCUUGUUGAACACCUUCACGACUGCGCGAAGAAGGCUGAGAGUUUUAAACCCACCAAGAGGCGCCUGUCUCUUGAAACUCUUGAGCUGAUACGCCAGCGUGGAGCCGCACGAGCCGCAGGGAACCAAGAACUCACGUCCGAGCUCGCAAGGCUUUGCAGAGAGGCAAUAAAGGAAGACCUUAAAGAGAGAAGAGCAGAAGUGUUGGUUGAAGCUGCAGAGGCGGGGAAAAGCAUCCGCUAUGCCCGUCGAGACUUCGCCAGUCGCAAGACGAGGAUGACUGCUCUCCGGAACCCAAAGGGAACAGCCAUUGCAUUGCGAAGGGGGAUGGAGAAAAUCAUCUACGACUUCUACUCUGAUCUCUUCGACAGCCAUGUCCACUUGCCUCCUCACCAUCUGAGGGAAUAUGGACAAGUCAUUCCAGAGGUUCUCCUGUCCGAAAUACGACAUGCUAUCAUGUCGGUAAGAAAUCGUACGGCACCCGGUCCCGACAGAAUAAGACCAGAACACCUGAAGAGCCUUCAGCCAGUACUCAUCAACACCCUGGCGAGGCGCUUUACACGUUAUCUGUCGGAAUGCAAGGUUCCUAAACAGUAG